UGAGUGCACAGGACGGAGAGGUGAAGACAGGUGCAGCUUCAAGAUGAAUCGACUUGUGGUUAUCAUUGCGACUAUCCUUGUCCGCACUACAUACAGUGCUGCAGAAGUUUUGUGGUGUUACCAUGAUCCUAGUUGUAAUGACACCACCUGGUCCACCAUUGCCAGUGAACAUUGCAACGGAUCCCGUCAGUCUCCCAUCAACAUCAUCUCCGCGUCGGCAGUGGGCGACGCAAACCUGGCUGAAUUCAACUUCACCAAAUACGGAGACAACUCUUCAAUGAAGAAUAUCAAGAACACUGGCGAAACUGUCAAAGUGACACUCACGAGUGGUGUCCAGGUUACAGGUGGGGCACUGUCUGAGGCCUAUGACAGCCUGCAGUUUCACCUCCACUGGGGGAAUGGCACCUCAGUACCUGGGUCGGAGCACACAGUGGAUGGAACCCGCUACCCCAUGGAGUUGCACAUAGUAAAUGCCAAGUCUUCACUCAAUGGUAACACGACCACGGCCGUUGCAGACAGCACGGGACUCGCUGCUCUUGGCUUCUUCAUAGAGGCCAUGCCGAGUAAUGCAACUGGUUCACCAGCAGCCUGGAAUACUCUGACAUCCUACUUGGCCAACAUCACACUAAAAGAUGAUAUUGUGAACAUUACUCACGCUAUUUCAUUGGAUGAGCUCCUGGAAGGGGUGGACCGUAGCAAAUACUAUCGUUACCUUGGCUCCCUGACCACUCCAAAUUGCAACGAGGCUGUGGUUUGGACUGUGUUCAAGGACCCUAUCAAAGUCAGCCAGGACUUGAUUGAUCUCUUCAGUACAACAGUGCACAUUGACCACAACUCCACCUCUGCCUUGAUGACCAAUGUCUUCAGGAACAUCCAGCCUGUCAACGGCAGGAUGGUGACGACCCAGAGCAGCCCAACCACAGCCCCGCCAGUGUCAGGAGCCUCCACAAAGUGCUCCUCUCUGGGCCUUAUGGCCCUGGCCUGGAUGCUGCUGAGGUUGCCUGUCAGCACGAUUUUAGUGAGAGCAUCAGAGGCUGAGCAUACAGGACGGAGAAGUGAAGACAGGUGCAACUUCAAGAUGAAUGGACUUGUGGUUAUCAAUGCAGCUCUAUUUGUCCUCACUGCAAUCAGUGCUGCAGGCGGUUCGUGGUGUUACCAUGAUCCUAGCUGUGAUGACACCACUUGGUCCACCAUUGCCUCAGAACAUUGCAAUGGAUUGCGACAGUCUCCCAUCAACAUCGACUCUGCAUCAGCAGUGGGCGAUGAAACCCUGACUGCCUUCACCUUCACCAAAUACGGAGACAAUUAUACAAUGAACAAGAUCAAGAACACUGGCAAAACUGUCAAAGUCAAGCUGACGAGUGGAGUCCAGAUUGCAGGCGGGGCCCUGUCUGAGACCUAUGACAGCCUGCACUUUCACCUCCACUGGGGGAAUGGUACCUCAGUACCUGGGUCGGAGCACGCAGUGGAUGGAACCCGCUACCCCAUGGAGUUGCACAUAGUAAAUGUCAAGUCUUCGCACAACGGUAACACGACCACGGCCGUUGCAGACAGCACGGGACUCGCUGCUCUUGGCUUCUUCAUAGAGCCCGUACCAGGCAAUGUGACUGGUUCACCAGCAGCCUGGAAUACCCUGACAUCCUACUUGGCCAACAUCACACUAAAAGAUGAUAUUGUGAACAUUACUCAUGCUAUUUCAUUGGAUGAGCUCCUGGAAGGGGUGGACCGUACCAAAUACUACCGUUACAAUGGAUCACUGACUACUCCAAAUUGCAACGAGGCUGUGGUUUGGACCGUGUUCAAGGACCCUAUCAAAGUCAGCCAGGACUUGGUUACUGCAGAUGGUGUCUUGAGCAAUAGCAGGGACAAUUUAACCAAAAACGGUAUGGACCUCAAAACCCCCUCGAAACCGGCUGAAGAAAUGGCAUUCACUACGGCCUUGUCCUGCACCACUUCUAUCGAGAGACCUGAGUCUGAGCCAGCAACCGGUGUAAAGCAUCAAGUUGAAGUUAUCGACUGUCUUUUCUCUCAGGAGUGCAACAGAAGUCCACGUGGAGGGAGCAUGGAGAAAGAUCCCUUCCAAACUUCUCUCAUAUUGCUGGUAUACUGGUUGGCAAAUGGACAAGACAUAAUGAGUUGUGGUUGGGUUCAGGUGAGACAUUCAAAUUGGGACAUUGUCAUGGGCCAUCCACUUUGAACUGUGAAGCUAUCUGAAGAAGAAAAUGAAGAAAUGCCAGAAGAUUGAGUGCCGGUGGAUGGGGGGGCGUCAACUGUGCCCGUAAUUGAUUUAGUCUUGUCUGAAAUUGUUAUGGUGGGGUUUCAGGUUGAUUGAGGUCUACACUGCUAAAUGUAUAAUGAUUUAGGCAAAAAAUGCAUUGGGAUAAUUAUAACCCCGAUAAGAGAGUUAAUUGGGUUAAUUAUGACAUGAAUAUAGUGUAUGUUAAUAUAAAUGUACAUUCUGCCAGUAUUGAUGUGUGUUAAUUAACCUCUCUGGGAUAUGUGGGAUGCUAGCUGGCCAAAAGCCAGGGAAAAUGCAGAGCGCAAAAUUCAAAUAAAUUACUAUAAAAAUCAAACUUUCAUUAAAUCACACAUGCAAGAUAACAAAUUAAAGCUAGACUUGUUGUGAAUCCAGCCAACAUGUCAGAUUUCAAAAAGGCUUUUCGGCGAAAGCAAACGAUGCUAUUAUCUGAGGAUAGCACCAUAAUAAACAAAGGGAGAAAAGCAUAUUUCAACCCUGCAGGCGCUACACAAAACGCAGAAAUAAAAAUAUAUGUCACGACUCCUACCAAAGGUGGCUCCCCUUCCCGUUCGGGUGGCGCUCGGUGGUCGUCGUCACCGGCCUACUAGCUGCCACUGAUAUUUUUCUCUCCCUCGUCUGUUUAUUAGUUACACCUGUUGUUAAUUAGGUUUACUAGUUGGGCUUUAUUAGCCAGCCGGCCCGCCUACUGGGUGUGCGGGAUUGUUUUAUGUGUACUUGUGUACACGCCUGUAAGUCACGGUUGUUCAUGUACGGGAGUUAUUUUCGGGACUGUUUAGUUCCCCUGUGUUUUGGGGCACUUGUUUUGAGUGGCGUCUGUUUUCACCUGGUUGGUGAAUAAAGAAGUAGCGCUAC